AUGCUCGUAUGUCUCGAAGCCCAUCACGCCAUAACUUCAUUACUUGCUACCACCCGAAAAACUCGCUCUUCCACUGCCUAUGAUUACAGCCACUCAAGAAAAGGUAACGGUUUAUAUACUCUCCACUUCCGUCAGUUCUAUUCUCUUCUUCUUCUUCUUCUUCUUCUUCUUCUUCUUCUUCUUCUUCUUCUUCUUCUCGUUUCCGGAUUUUUCUCUUUUUCUUCUUUUUCUGUAUUCUCUUUCUUUCUCACUUUUUCAUUUCUAUUUAUUUUCCUUUUUUUUUUUGCACUUCAUUUUUGGUUCUCUUUCUUUGCCUAUUCAUUUAUCAUUUAUUGCCCCCCCUCUCGCUUUUUCUCUCAGACACUCUCUCUCUAUAUAUAUAUAUAUAUUUCUAUCUAUCUAUCUAUUUAUCUAUCUAUCUAUCUAUCUAUCUAUCUAUCUAUCUAUCUAUCUAUCUAUCUAUUACUCUCUUUCUCUCUUCACGCAUUGUUAAAUAAUCUUUUCUGUUCUCCAUCUCCAUCUUCUAUUUUUCUUAUCUUUUUCAUAUUCAUUCUUUUAUCGUUUUUUCUUCUCUUUUUUCCUUUCAUUCGAUUUCUUCUUUAG